UUACCAAAAAUCCACCGAGCUGCUUAUCCGCAAGCUUCCUUUCCAAAGACUUGUUCGUGAAAUCGCUCAGGAUUUCAAGACCGAUCUUCGUUUCCAAUCUUCAGCAGUCAUGGCUCUUCAGGAGGCCGCCGAGGCUUACCUUGUCUCGCUGUUCGAAGACACCAAUCUUGCUGCUAUCCACGCUAAGCGUGUUACCAUCCAGCCCAAGGAUCUUGCUUUGGCCCGUAGAUUGAGGGGCGAGCGCUCAUAAUGGGUUAUCUCGUGUCAUGUUUGUUCUAUCAUUAUUCUCAUGUAUCCUGUACUUUACUAUCCUCAACUUCUAUCUUUGUACUUGGGUAAUACCACUCGAUUUGUCGCGUUAUUUCUUAAAUGUGACCGCGGCCGGAGGUGUCUCUGCGUACAGCUUCUAUCUGCUUUCCGAUCUGAGUAACAGGUUGCCAUCUCCAAGCUGUUCCAAAAUGUAUGUCUAUGACUUUCGUUGAGACCUUUGUAAUUGGUGUGCUUUCCGCAGCCACCAUCCGGGAAUACUAGCCAUAGCGGGUCAUACCCAUUCGGAUUACUGCGCUUUGCUGAUGCAGCAAGGUACUCAAAUUCUCUCUAAUCGUCCUGAUACAUGAAAUGAAGCACAAUAGAAAUUCGAAUAAACCCUUAAUGACGAUGGCUGGCUGCUGCAAUAGACAGCGCUUUCGAGAGAAAACAAAAGACAGAAUUCGGGAUCGAAGAACACUGCACAAGCCGGG